AUGUUUAAUAACCUAACUAAGAAGGUUCAAGAACGAUUUCUACUUCCAAAAUUACCAAAAGAACCUUUAGACGCGAGUAGCUGUGAAUCACUUGGAUACAAAUUUGAGUAUAAUAACGGUGAUGUUUUUAUUGUUGACAUGAGUACGAGAGAACAUGAAGUUAUUAUUUCUACAUUGCAAGACUUUUUCAAAGCUCCAAAUGGUGGUGUUCUUACUGAUCCACCAAUAGAAGUUUGUGGUCAACCAUUUCAUCCUUCUCCUAAUGCUAAUGAACUUAGGAUUGCACCUGAUAUUGCAGUAUAUCCAAACGAGACAUACGUUCCAAGACCUUCCAAUUCUGGACCUAACUAUCUUGGACCUCCUCCAAGUGACACACAGGGGAAUGCUCAUGCUAGAAUAAUGUGUGAGAUUGCAGUAGCUCAAAAUGCCCAUGGAUGGAAGAAUAAGUGUGCACUUUGGAUGAAUCAGGAAUACGUAAGAUGCGUGUUAGGAAUAAAACUUUAUAAUUUGCGAACUACACGGACAAAUGGAUAUUUUAAUCGAUCAAUGAAGGCUAAAUUAUGGAGACAAGGAGUGGCAACCAGAAAAUGGCAUUUCGGGACUGUGCAAAAAGGCAAUAAUCUAUCUACAGGGUGUAAUGCCCCAGGUAUUCCUGCAUACCAAAUCAAUAUUCCAAUAGGUGAUGUAUUUUACGAUCCGCCAAUUCCAGCUAUUGGAUAUGUUCCAUUGGUUGUUCGCCCUGCAAUUAUUGGCGGCAAUUUUACUAUUGAUCUUUACGAAGUUCAGCAGAGAGUUUUAAAAAAGCAGCCAAGAUAG